UGCCUGUUCUGUCUGUCGGUGGACAUGGGAUGUGUCCAUGGAGGAAGAUGCACGUUCUUUCAAAGGGACGCUAAUUGAUUCUUGCAACCCUGAAGGCGAUAACGCUGUCUACCUUUUUGUUUUUAAUGUCUCUGCAGGGGAUGCAUUGGUAGAAAGAAAAGUCUAGUAAAAGGACACAGAUUUUGGUCAAAAUGGCAGACAAGGGUAGUGUGGAGAAAUAUUUGGAGAACAACCCACAGUUCGCCAAAGAGUACUUUGACAAAAAGCUGCGCGCUGAGGCUCUUUCCACUGCCUUCUCUGGACAGCUCGACAUCAAGGACACCGCUUCGUUCAAGGAUGUUAACUCUGUGCAAGAGGCUGCCGUCAUUUUCGAGUUGGUCCAGGAGCUGCAGAAGCAGGGAAGCAUGGAGAAGGGUCUUCAUAAAGUGUUGCAGAGGAUUGCCCUGAUCACACAGGCGGACAGGGUUAGCUUUUAUGUGUGCCGCUCAAGAAACGGAACCCCCGAGCUCGCAUCUUGCCUCUUUGACGUGACGCCAACGUCCAAAUAUGAAGCCAAUUUAGUGAACCCCCAGGGCGAAAUCGUUUUUCCCACCGACAUGGGUAUAGUUGGUUUAACUGCAACCACCAAAAAAACGCAAAAUGUCCCAGAUGUAACAAAGAACCAGAAGUUUUGUGACUUUGUGGACAAACAGACUGGAUACAAAACCAAAUGCAUGCUGACUUUCCCUGUUCUGGUUGAAAAAGACUGUAUUGGCGUGGCCAUGGUGCUCAACAAAAUAGGAGCGGAUUCGUUUACUGCAGAGGACGAGAAGCUCUUCCACAAGUACAUGACUUUUGCUCAAGUCAUCACCCUGCAGCAUCACACAGCCUACAUGUUCAACGUGGAGUCCAGGAGGAGUCAGGUGCUGCUCUGGUCAGCCAGUAAAGUGUUUGAGGAGUUGACAGACAUCGAGAGACAGUUCCACAAAGCUCUCUACACCGUGAGGACCUACCUGCAGUGUGAACGUUACUCCGUGGGUCUGCUGGACAUGACCAAAGAAAAGGAGUUUUAUGAUGAAUGGCCUGUGAAACUGGGAGAUGUGGAACCCUAUAAAGGACCAAAAACACCAGACGGCAGGGAAAUCAUCUUUUACAAGAUCAUUGACUACCUCUUAGAAGGAAAAGAAGAAAUUAAAGUCAUACCAGGUCCACCUGCAGAUCACUGGGCUUUGGUUAGCGGACUGCCUUCAUAUGUCGCAGAAAAUGGCUUUAUUUGCAACAUGAUGAACGUUGCUGCAGAUGACUACUUCACUUUCCAGAAAGAGGCUGUGGAUGAGACGGGCUUUGUCAUCAAAAAUGUGCUGUCGCUGCCGAUCGUCAACAAGAAAGAAGAAAUUGUGGGCAUCGCUACUUUCUUCAACAGGAGAGACGGCAAGCCGUUUGAUGAAUACGAUGAACAGAUCACCGAGGCUCUGACCCAGUUCCUCGGGUGGUCAUGGCUGAACUGCGACACCUACGACAGACUGAACCGCAUGGAGCACAGAAAAGACAUCGCUCAAGAGAUGCUCAUGUACCAGGGAAAAUGCACCAAAGACGAGCUUCAGACCAUUCUGAACACCAAAGAGAAGUUUGAUGCGGAGCCUGAAGACUGUGACCAGAAGGAAAUGUACAAACUAUUGAGAUCAAACUGCCCACCAGCUGACAACGUCGAUGGAGAGAACCUGUACUCGUUUGGCUUCAGUGACUUCCCCGUUUCAGAGUUUGGCCUCAUUAAAGCUGGCAUCCGCAUGUUCUUCGAACUCGGAGUUGUCGAAAAGUUUAAAGUUCCUCCAGAGAUACUGACCAGGUGGAUGUACACUGUGAGGAAGGGUUACCGUUCCAUCACCUACCACAACUGGAGGCACGGUUUCAAUGUAGGCCACACCAUGUUCUGCCUACUGCAGACAGGAAAGCUGAGGAAAUACUACUCGGAUCUAGAUGCCUUUGCCAUGGUGGCUGCAGCUUUCUGUCAUGAUAUUGACCACAGAGGAACCAACAACCUCUACCAGACAAAGAGUGCAUCGCCUUUGGCCAAACUUCACGGCUCCUCCAUCAUGGAGAGACACCAUUUGGAAUACAGCAAGACGCUCAUGGCAGACGAGAACUUGAACAUUUUCUGCAACCUUCAAAAGCGUCAGUUCGAGAACGUGCAGCACUUGUUCGACGUUUGCAUCAUCGCCACCGACCUGGCCCUUUAUUUCAAAAAGAGAACCAUGUUCCAGAACAUUGUGAACGCCACAGAGCCAAUGACAGACGAAAAGGAGGCCACCGCUUUUGUUUCCAACAACCCCAUCAGGAAGGAAAUUGUCAUGGCCAUGAUGAUGACAGGCUGCGACUUGUCAGCCAUCACCAAACCUUGGGAGGUACAGAGCAAGGUCGCACUGAUGGUCGCAGCUGAAUUUUGGGAACAGGGUGAUCUAGAAAGAAAUGUUCUGGACCAGCAGCCAAUUCCCAUGAUGGACAGAAACUGUUCCGAGCAGCUGCCCAAGAUGCAGUGUGGUUUCAUCGACUUUGUGUGCGCAUUUGUGUACAAGGAGUUUUCCAGGUUCCACAAAGAGAUUAAGCCCAUGUAUGAUGGUCUGAACAACAACCGGGCGCACUGGAAUGAGCUGGCUGAAGUAUAUAAUGCAAAGAUGAAGGCUAUUGAGGAUCAGAAGAAGAAACUAGAAGAGGAAGAAGCCAGGAAAGCUGGUGGUGGCGAUGGGAAGUCAAAGACCUGCAUCAUCUCUUAGGGCAUCCACUGUCUGGAUCUGGACUAUCAUGGUCUGUUUAGGACUUGCCUAGACAGCACUAGUCAUCUUUGGGACAUCUUUUUUUUUUUUGGGAUCAUUUCUUCAGUCUGGUGUCUGGUCUUUGCUACACCAGCUUAGUUUUCUCUGGUUCACUUUACAGCCCUGCAGUUUGGCUCUUGUUCCAGAUGGUCCGGUUACCCUCAACUAGUUUAGCGUAGUUAGGACCGGUCUGCGUCACAGUCUGGACCACACCAGCUGAUCUUGGAAGAAUUUACCAAGAAGUUCUGUUGGGACUCUGCCAAGAGAAGACGUUUGGCUCCAAGUGAAGGAACGAAUGAAACUUCUUCCUACGUCGGCUUUAAAGGGCGCCAUGAACAUUUUGCAGAAAGUAAACCAUGUUAGCAUAGCAACAAUCUAAAUGUUUAUGGCGUGAGCUAACAUUAUGCUUUGGUAAAGUCA